UUCGUGCCAGAAGCCCAAGCUGUAUAGAUGAGCAUGGUGAGCAUGUCUCUACCGACUUUAAAGCCAGCACAACCCUAGUUCCUAGGGCUUUAAACCAUCCAUCACUGUUGUUAGAGGUGGUUUCCAUCACACCAGUCACAGAUGGGUGGCCAGGUGGAGAUAGCCAGACUUUCUCUAGGAGGAACUGGGAGCCCAAGGGGCAGACUGACCAAUAACUCACUCAACCUUUACUGCACUUCUUAUAAGGACUCCUAUGACAAGGAAGGAUUUGUCCCAACUUUGGGAUGUAGCCAUGGAACGGGCUAUUCUGCUAAUCUAAGACCAGCUGUUUCCUACAACCCCAGUCUGGACCACACCGACAACCCUCAGCUUGGGCGUUCUCUGUUGAACAGUUUUCAAUCACAGACCAAGCGUCAUUUCAAGCCUUUCAUUGGCCUUACUGGGUGUGAGGCUGUCCCCUGCCCCAGUGGCAAAGUAAGAGAGAGUGGCUACUUGCAGCACAUGACUCAUCCAAAACAGAAUGCAUUUCUGCAGACAGAAUAUGAGAAGUGCUUUGUGCCUCAUCGUCCUCAACGAUCAGUUUCACAGAAACACCUGAUAGUGGGUUUCAAGGAGGAGAGUGGCUUCACCGAGGCAGUCGAUCUUCAGUUAAACACGUUUCUACCUCACAACUGCUAUAUGGAUGAUCCUCGCAAGACCAAACAGUCUGUGAUGAAAACCGACUUCGUGCCGAUAACCUUUCUUCAGGGCUCUGAUGCAUUACCCAGGCUGAUCAAACGAGCCCAGAGAGAAACAGCCUUCACCCGAGACACCCUGGAUCCCUUGGCCUGUCCAGCCUCCCUGCUACCGUCGUCACGGACUCCGAAGGCAAGUUCACCAACUCAGAUGAAGUCCUUUGGGACUAAGGAGCCAACCGGGUUUCUCCUUAACCCUCCCAACUUAACAACGUUGCCACUCACUCUGCGUGAUUCUUCACGUUUCCUAACUCACUACCAGAGCAAGUUUUGUGACGUUUCUGCGUUAAGAAAUCAGAGGACUGGCUGGAUGACAGGAGGCAUACAAAAGCGUAGAAGCGAUGGCUAUACAGGGCGAGACACUGACAGGUUCAACCUUUGGGGAUAGAGACACAUCAGACCAAAAAGUAAAGAAAUUCAUAUCAGGCCGCCAUUUUAGUUUGUAUCAUCAACGGCCUAUUGAAGAUAUCCAUACUUACGUGUUCUCAAUAAAAAUAAUCUGUUCUCCUUCU